AUGAAGAUCUCGCUUCUCAUCCUUCUGUGUGGGGCUUUUUUCCAAGCCUUUGGCAGCAGGAUUGAGCAAGACAAAGACCAGCCGGACGCUCCAGGUUCGUUCCCGCUCGUCAAUCCGGACAGCAGCGGCAACAGUGCUGACGGGACAGAAGUUGAGAACGCAACUGUACCCAUGUCGCUGGACGAUGUGAUCGCACAGCUCCUUAAACAGCAGGAUGUGAUUCUGCAUCUUCAGGCAGAGAUGGCGGCCAAAGAUCGGACGACCAGGACUUUAGAGCAGGAAGUCCAAGCUCUCCAACAACGACCCUACACUGAACGCUGUGAGUCUGGUGAGUUGGGAACUCCCGAUAAUGCCUUCAUUUACGGCUCUGGCACUCGCUACCGAGAAUUAACCGCCACGUUCAGCAGGGCCUUCACGACAACCCCUGUGGUGACUGUCGGUUUUACAGAGUUGGACAACGAGCUUGACAGAAACCUUCGAGUUUCUGCAAGUGUGACAUCUGUCUAUGCAACUCACGUGAUUGUCCAAAUCGGUACCUGGGGUAAUACAAGGCUAGACAGUGCCAGGAUUCGCUGGAUGGCCUGUGCGUAACGUGUAACAACACAGUUACAUCAAAGUCAAAAAAUGUUUCGCCAGAUUAGUCAUGUAACAAAAAAAAAUUAUUUAACCACACUAAAUGAAAAUAUCAAGUAGUUCUAAGAGUCCAAUUAAAAUACAUCACUGCAAUCAACUUUUUGUUUAGCUUUCUUUUAGUACAUUUGUUCGCUAUGUCAGGCUAUCGGCUUAUAGGUAGGCCUUCAUAUGUAGAAUUAAUUCCUUAACACACAUAUAGAAGAA